AUUUAGAGAAUUGAUUUCACUAAAUUUGACUUAUAUCGAAUGGGCUCUAAAUGACACGACAGCAAUAAUAAAAGAGAUCAACUGUGGGAAAAACGGUAGACGGAUGGUGAGCAUGUGUGUGUAUGUGUGUGUGUGUGCGUGUAUGUGUGUGUGUGCGUGUAUGUGCGUGUAUGUGUGUGUGUGUAUGUAUGUGUGCGUGUAUGUGUGUGCGUGUGUCUGUGUGUGUGAGUGGGGGCGCGCGCGCUGCAGCUACAGCAGGUGUGGGCGGCGCCUGCUUGUCAGUGACUGAGGAGUCCGUGUUACGUCAAAGGGGAAAUAAAACGCCACCCUGAGCUCCACGCGCUCAUUCCUUCGAGUGCAAAACCGGUGAAGAGCCACGAAACAAGCCCACAGCCAAGAGACUAAGCCCGGGACACACACACACACACACACUUGCUGAGCCGUUGGUCAAUGUGCCAACACAGCCGUGCGUAAUUACGCGUAAAAACAAAGCAAGAAGCGACGGAACAAUGAGUGCCACGACCGCUAUGGAGGUGAACGCCGAAGCCAGGCGGAUCCUGGCCGUGUCCAUCAGCAAGCUGUACGCCUCCAGGACCCAGCGGGGCGGGCUGCGGCUCCACCGCAGCCUCCUGCUCUCCAUGGUCAUGAGGUCCGCGCGGGACAUCUACCACUCCUCCCGGGAGUGCGAGGAGUCGUCGAGCCCGGAGGAGCCGAUGCGGACCGACCCGGCGGAGCGGACCGCGCUGCCGGAGGAGCCUCUGCCCGAGCAGCCCCGAGCGGCCCCGAACUCCCCCGAGCCGCCGGCCGCUGCCUCGGAGGAGCCGGACAGCGGCGACGAAGAGUCCGACGGGGAGCUGGCGGAGGACAAAGAGAACAUGAGCCCGGCGACGCGCCAGUCCCGGAAGCGCCGGGGCAAGGCGGCGGCGGCGCCUGACUUCCUCCCGAGCAAGAGGGCGAGGCUGGAGCCCGGCGAGGAGCGGCACGCCGCGCGGCCCGGCGAGGAGCGGCACACCGCGCGGCCCGGCGAGGAGCGGCACGCCGCGCGGCCCGGCGAGGAGCGGCACGCCGCGCGGCCCGGCGAGGAGCGGCACGCCGCGCGGCCCGCCGGCUGCCGCGCCGCGGCCGGGGACUCCCUCAGCGCGCUGUCCAUAAACCGGGCCAUCCCCGCGUUCUGAGCGCCGCGAACGGAGACGAGAACAUACCGUGAGCCUCCAACUGGACUUUGGAGUGAUUCUGAGCUCCACUAGGGGGGGGGGGGGGCCGCGCACCGGGGAGCUGACCUACAUCGGCCCCCGGGACAAGAGGGAUUUACCGGGACCGUGGAGCGAGCUCUCCGGGCGAUCUGAGCGUGCCUGCCGGGCUAGAGGAGCCUCCUCCCGGCUCCUCCCCCCCCCCCCCCCGUCCACAACGCUCGCCGUGGGCUAAGCCCCAGAUGUAUCCGCGCCUGGGGAGGAGGGGGGGGGGGGUAUUUUUGAUGAUUCACUCCUCCGGUGAAAUGAGUCCAAACAAGUGACUGUCCCUGACUCAAAAAGUGCGUGAAUCAGCAGAGAAGAGAUAUGAGUCAAAUACACACACGCGCGCGCGCGCACACACGCGCGCGUAACGAGGACUUGAAGCUGUCUUACCGGGACCGACCGGCUGCUGUGGACUCUGAUGGAUCAAUACUACUGCUAUGACGACAUGGUGCUAUGAGGGGAAAACAAUGUGUGUGUGUGUGUGUGUGUUUCCUGUGAACAAUAACGUGACCUCACAUUCAAGCUGCUUUCUUUAUGGUUGUUAAAAGAAAAACAAUCUGUAUCAACUGUGUAAAUAUAUAUAUUUUAAUAAACAACAUUGUUUUAAAAUGGAA